AUGGAAAACGAACACGGUUGCAAGACGCGUGCAAUUCAAAGUGUUGAGGACCCCGAACGCGCAGAGCCAGAACCAGAUGACGAGAGAUAUGAUAGUAGUGUUCACACUACGAAUGACACAUCAUUGAUAUUAUAUAGAGGAGAACCCUCAAUUCAGCGUAGAAGACUCACAGUUUCUUCUUCUGUGCAGUACGCUAUCGACUUUUCUCAUGGACUUGCUGAAGAAACGGACACAUUCAACUUGAAUCUGUCCCGCUGCAGGAAUAUAUCCCUUUCUUCGCAACUUCUCGCACUGCAUGAACUUGCAAGUCCGUCUCAGGACGAUCCUCAGCCAAAUUUGAAAAAUGGACGAAUUUUCACAAUAGAAUUACCGAAGCCAUCUCGGCUAAGGCACUUGGUCACUGUGUACUUCGGGGAAAUGGAGUCUUUUUUCCACGUUCUAGAUCAGGAUGACACCCGGAAACGCGUCUUUCAAGCUCUAGAUGAUUUAGACUACUCCGAGUACGAAACUAUAAUCGAUGUAGAUGCUCAAAAUCAUGCUAUCAUAGCUCUUCUAUGUAACAUGCUUGCGAUAGGAGAGUCUAUGGAUUCAGCUAGUAGCGACAAGGAGGAUCCGCGUCCAGGGUGGCCAACAUACGUUCGAGGACGCAAACUACUUCAACAGUGUUCAUCCUCAAAUCAGAUUGAUCUUGAUCUCAUCAGAUACCACACUUUGGGGGCAUUAUAUAUGUUGAACUGCGAUUUGCUUCAGUCGGCGUCUCAAGCGAUAUCGAUUACUGUUCAAAUGUCCAUGCUUGCUCGACUGAAUGACCAAGGGUCUUGGGGAAAGUGUACUACACUGGAAAAGGAAUUUCGACAAAAGCUCUGGUGGACUAUCUAUUACUUGGACCGUCGAAUUACUCAACGGCUUGGAACACCCUAUCUGAUUAGAGACGCCGAGGUUGCAGUCGAAGACUUUGAAAUUCAGGGAAAUUCGACUGCGGAGGAAUUCAAUCAAGAUCCAAUGACAGCACCAAUAACUAUCUAUUACCAGGUUCUUAUAAACUUUAGUAGGCUAUGGGGUCGAAUUUGGGACACAUUCUUUGCUGCGACAGCUCGAAAAAGUGGAAAUCUAGAGGAGAUCGAAAUAACAGACACUCGAAUUCUAUAUCUCAGAAAGAUGCUGCCCCAGCACUUAAUUUGGAAUUCUGAUAGAGCCAGUACAUAUGUUGGCAAAGGAGAAAAGGAACCACAGAUACGUCAACGAUUGACAAUCUUCAUAAGAAUCAACCUUUUACGGAUGAUCAUCCGCCAAAAUCCUCUUCUCUCGCAUAGUUGUGAUGAGGAAGGAAAGUCAUUCUGUGCUCUUCUUGCCAAAGACACCAUUGAGGCGAUUUCGGCCUAUGCAAAUGUAUGCCCCCAGAUUCGGGCAUCUGGGUACUUCCUCAGCACAGCAUUAGUCGAAUGCAUCUAUCAUUUAGUAUUCAUUAUCAAAAGCAACCGUACUCAGGUACAAUAUGUAGAUGCGAUUGGAUCUUUUCGAUGCGCAUAUCAACUUCUUGUGGAUUACAGCGGCAUUUGGACGACAGCUGAAAGAGCGCUGCAAGCUCUCGGGACAGCUGUCUUUGACGGGAAAAGCCUCGAUGAAUUUCUUCACACGCUUUCAAAGAACGCAGAUUCCAGUAUCCAUGUGGCUAAAUGUCCUUCCAAUGGCGAUAACGGACCCAUGUCGCAUAAACAGGGGGAAUAUCACGAACAAGAUCCAAUUCGGCAUAUGGCGCCUUCAAGAGCCCAAAACACAAUGGCACUGGCAUUCGGCCAAGACUCGCACCAGGGAGUGAACCAGCAGGUACCACAGAUAGGGCAGCCUGGUGAUAAUGCCGAAUUCAUUCAAGAUCUAGCAAACAGCUACGGAGAGUUGGAUUUCGACAUCCCGCGCCAAUACUUUGGCAACUUGUAA